CAGACUGGAAGUUUGGUGACGGUGAAGGCGCCUCCUCCGUUCUGUUCGGUCAUCCCUCCCCUUCCAUCCUUUGCUCACAUUGAUCUUCCAUUCGGUGGGAAAAUUCCUGCUGGAAUAUCCACGGUGGAUUUGAACUCGGGGGAUUGUAUUGGAAAAGCAGGGAUCUUUAACACACGCUGGAGGAUUUUCUUCCAUGUUCUUUCUUGUGUUGUUCAGAAAACCGUCAUGUUGAUGUGGAUCAUGGCUUCCUGAUCAGAUCUUCCUGACCAUUAUCUUCUCUUUCCCUGGACUCAUCAUUGGCUCAGUGAUGAACCACACACCCAGCCCCAACAUGACAGAGACCGCCAAGUCAGGGUCGGGCUUGUUGUGUGGCCUGGGCCUGGGCCCGGAUCGGGUGCGCUCCCCGGACAGCCUGACGCACACGCCCAGCCCGUCAGGCGGAACGCCCAGUUCCAGCCCCCCUCUGCUGCUGUCUCCAGGGCUAGGCUGCGAUGGCGGCGGGGACUGGGAGAGCCGUGAGGAGUUGCGUCUACGUGAACUGGAGGAGGCUCGGGCACGGGCGGCUCAGAUGGAGAAGACGAUGCGCUGGUGGUCGGACUGCACGGCCAACUGGAGGGAAAAAUGGAGUAAAGUGCGCGCCGAACGCAACAGGGCACGGGAUGAGGUCAGGCAGCUAAGACAACGUCUGGACGCCCUUACAAAAGAGCUGACGGGGGCACGACGAGAGCGUCAAGAGAUGGCGGCAGAAAACGAACAACUGCGCCUAGAGGCCCAAAGAGUCCGAGCUGAACAGAACUCCCCAGAGAAUGCUUCCACUGCACCAGCAUCCAACUCCUCUGCCUCCACACACUCCAACCAGCCACGGGAACCAGACAUCAAGCAGGACAGCCAGGAUGAGGAGAAUGUGAGAGAUGGGCCAGGCUCUCCUGAGCAGGAACCUGUCAGAGAUGUAGACACUGACAAACCAGACAAGCAGAAGGAGUUCGAGUUAUUGGAGGCUCUUCUCAGGGCAAAGUCAGAGGCUCCAGACUCUUGGGACAUUCGCAGUGCCAGUAGCUUGCGCUCCGUUCUCAGUCGGCAGGACCGGAGCAGACUGCUGUGGGAGGAUCUGGCUGCCCUGGAGGAGGACUCUGGCAAGCUCAACGCUCUCCAGCUACGUCUGGACGAGUCUCAGAAAGUGCUGCUGAAAGAACGAGAAGAUAAGCAUGCGCUCAUUAAGAACAUCGAGAAGCUGGAAGCAGAGCUGAGUCAAUGGAAACUCAAAUAUGAGGAACUGAACAAGAGCAAGCAAGAGGCCUUAAAACAGCUGAACUUCUUGAAAGAGGUGCAUCAGGAUGAGCUGGGCCGCAUGUCUGAAGAUCUAGAGGACGAGUUGGGGGCUCGUACUAGCAUGGACAAAAAACUGGCGGAGCUCCGUACAGAGAUGGAACGUCUGCAGGUGGAGAACGCAGCAGAGUGGGGUCGUCGGGAGCGUCUGGAGACGGAAAAGCUGGCUCUGGAGAGGGAAAACAAAAAGCUGCGUGCCCAGACGGAAGACCUGGAGGAGCAGCUGGCACGCAAACGCAGGCAGGCAGCCAGCGCCCUCGACACCGACCUCAAGACCAUCCAGUGUGAACUGUUUGAGAGGAACAAGGAGCUGGCAGAUUUGCGGCAUGUCCACUCCAAGGUUAAAAAACAGUACCAGGAAAAGAUGGCCGAGCUGGCACAUGCUAACCGGCGUGUGGAGCAGCAUGAGACAGAAGUUAAGAAGCUCCGACUGAGGGUGGAGGAACUAAAGAAAGAGCUGGGCCAGGCUGAAGAUGAGUUGGAUGAGGCUCAUAACCAGACCAGAAAGCUACAGAGGUCCUUGGAUGAGCAGGUGGAGCAGACAGAGAACCUACAAGUUCAGCUGGAGCACCUACAAUCCAGGCUGAGGCGUCAGCAGAAUCCUGGCCUCUUUGGCAAGAUGAGGACAUCAGCUUCCUCUCGUUUUGUGCCUGAAGAUGCAGACGCCCCCCGUAGCGACCCAGAUGAAGACGAGGAAGAGGAACUGCAGCUCCAGAUCCCCUAAACUGUUCCCUCCAAACCUGGGAAUGUACGAAAGACUCGCAGCUCACACCCAAGCAUUUCACUUUCCCCUUCAUUUCAUCUCCCAGCUGAGUCCAGAAGAGGACACAGACUUCGCAAUCCUCAGCAGACAGAUAAACACAAACAGUUUCAGUAGCCCCUUUUCAACAGCUUAAAGUGUGACUGAAAUCUCAUCUAAAAAUCUGCUUCUCUGUCUCAACCAGAAUAUUCCUGGUUAUAGUCCAAGAUGGCACAUAGAUGAUUGAUCUAAAGAUACACAGAACAUUGUACACGUUCUUUGUACAGGUGUUAGACUCAAUUGUUGAAACCCUAUGACUUUUGAGGGUCAUAUGAGCACUAAAAAGCUCUUUGAUGCCUAGUGACUCCUAGAAUGCACAUGGUAAAGUUAUAAGAGCACACAGUUCAAAGCAAGGAAAAGCCAAUUGUUACUUGUUCACACUUUUAAACAGUGAUUCCCUGGAAAUAAAUUGACAAGGUCUAGACACAUCACAUUACUAUCUAUUAUCUGACCUACAAAAAAAGCACCCAUUGCUUUCCCCUGCCUCCCCUCUUCAUUUUUUCCAAUCACCUGCAUUAUCAUUAUUUUUCUUGCCACCCUUUCCUUCCAGUUGUUCCCUUUUGCUCUUCCCAUUCAUUUUGAUUUCUUAUUUAAUCUUUUGUCAGCCCUCCCACACAUCUCCGUGCCUUAACACCAACUCUUGCAUCAAUAUUCAAAACCACCCAUUCAGAACACGAUUAUAUUUCCUGUGUCUGGGGAACAUUUAAUUUAUGCUGUGUUGUUACCGAAGAGGCAGGCAAAUGAUUCGGAUUUUGCAAGUAGUCCUGUUUUAAUUGUCCCAGAGUUUUUCUUGGUGACCAUAUAAAUGUGUUUCUGUCUUUGCAGUGGAGAACUAGUCUUGUUUUAUAUAGGAAGGGGGGAGGGGAUUGUGGGUAGUUUGUGAAAGAGUCGGUUGGUAAAUAUAUACAAGAAUAAUUGCGUUCUCCUUUUGCAUUUCAACCUGUUGAAAGGGACCAGUGCGUUUAACUAAUGUUCUGUUGAUUUUAAACAGACUUUUAAGCAAUAUUAUACUGUCUGCAUCUGCAAUAGGGACCAAUACUGACUCAUCUUCAACUGGGAAAUUUGUACUGGUCUUAUUAAAGUAUUUAUCAGAUGUUUGUUUUUUACUUAAGUGGACUGUAUAACAGUUUUUUGGUAUUUUUCUGUGUUUGUAUGUUACCUCUAUAAAUGUUUAGUGUAUAUACAGUAAA